CACGUCACAGUGCCACGUCAGCAGUGUCCCGCCACCAUGACGGGCGCAGCUCUGGGCAUGCCAGGCCAACUGGCCAACGAGUCUCUUGCCGACUACAAACAGCAGUUCCAGGCUCAGCUCGCUCUAAUCGAGGCUGAGGAACAGCGCCAGCUGGCAGCCGAGGCGUCCCGCCUACAGGCUGAAGCAGCGGCAACAGCUGAGAAGCAGCGGCUACAGGCCGAAGCAGACGCAGAUACCCAGGCACGUCGCAAGGAGGCCCAGGAUCUGCUGCAGCGGCAUGAAGCUGCCAGCAUCGAAAGACUCAAGUUCUGGCACUUUGAACCGUCCAACGGCGACGACGCGACACCGGAAGAGCAGCAUAAGGAGUUCCUCUCCAAACUCGUGACACGGUUGUUGUACGCUUGCAACUACCAACAGUCCGAGUUAGAGAGACAGAACCAGGAACUGCAACAACAGUACCAGGAUCUGAAGACACAGCACCAAGAGUUGGCGAACCUCCCCCGGAUGGUGCAGAGCCACGAGGAUGCUACACGGGCACUCAAUCCCCGUGUACUGGACCUGGAGCAAGCUGUACCAGAACCAGAUGCUGGUGAGUCCAGCAGUGCACCCUCUAACCGCCAACUAGAGCAACGUGUUGACCACGUCGUCGCAAUGCUCGGCGGCAUCAGCACCUUCGCUGCGCCGACCACCAUCAGCAAUCAGCUGGAUACUUUGAAGACCGAGGUCCAGCAACUGCAGCCGACGAACACGGAUGGCAACAAUCCAAAGCAAUACAAGAUGCCAACUUUUCAACUGGAGAAGUUCGACGACUACAUGCAUCAGGACCCGGUGCUCUGGUGGGAAGCUUUCACGACGCAACUUCGGAUUCUGCCUGUCGCAAAGCACGCGUACAUCGGCGCCCUGUUCUUGAACUCAAAGGGCGGAUGCCAGAUCUGGUUAACUCACCUGGCAGCCACCCACGGCGUCGACGUCGCAGAUCUGAAGGACAAGAUCUCAUGGGAAGAGUUAACACGGCUGUGGAAGAAGCGGUUCAUCGCCGACGACGCACCAGCACUUGCCAUCAACCGUCUCUUCACCAUGACUCAAGGCAACACAGCAACACGUGA